CGACCCUCUCAAAUUCCUCUCGCGAACUUUUUGCGAAAGAGAAAGUUUCCUCAGCGAUACUAACCCCAAGUCGACCACCCAACAGCCGUCGCCAUGCCUACCCGAUUCUCGCGCACCCGCAAGCACCGCGGACACGUCUCCGCCGGUCACGGACGUGUUGGCAAGCACCGCAAGCAUCCCGGUGGUCGUGGUCUUGCCGGUGGUCAGCACCACCACCGUACCAACCUCGACAAGUACCAUCCCGGUUACUUCGGUAAGGUCGGUAUGCGCUACUUCCACAAGCAGCAGAACCACUUCUGGAAGCCCGUCAUCAACCUGGACAAGCUCUGGACCCUCGUUCCCGCUGAGAAGCGCGAGGAGUACCUCGCCGGCAAGGGCGACAAGGUCCCCGUCAUCGACCUCCUCCCCUUCGGCUACUCCAAGGUCCUCGGCAAGGGCCGCCUCCCUGAGGUCCCCAUCGUCGUCAAGGCCCGCUGGGUUUCCAAGCUCGCCGAGAAGAAGAUCACCGAGGCCGGUGGUGUCGUUGAGCUCGUCGCGUAAAUUCGGUCAACACCUUCCGGAGGGUUCCGCACUUGACAGGACGAUGAAUGUAACUUGGGAAUGAUUGGGCCAUGCAGCCACGGAAUGAGCGGGCGGCGUACCGCGGAAAUCAAGGCAACUCGCGGUUUGGCGAGAAGAGGACAUGGGAAAUGGCGCCAAGGGAUAAAAAAACGGCCUUUCGCAUAGCAUGAAGAUCAGAAUUCCCCAAGGUUUCUACCGAAUACCAAAACAAAAACGGCUCUUCCAAUCAAUCAUUCUCGGCAUUGUGACCUCUUGUGGCGGUUGAUCUCGUGCAUUUAUGGCGUUUGUGGAAAUUCAAAAGCAAGAAAGCU